AGAGAGAGAGAGAGAGAGAGAGACACUGACAGAGAACUGGAGCUGUGAAUGAUCUCAGUGACCGUUUUUCACUUUUCAUUUUUUCAGUCUGAGUCGUUGUGUUGGUCUGUUCGUCUCUGAUCAAACCUGAGGCUCUUUCUGGAUUUUAAACGUUAAUUCUGGAUUUAUUGUUUUUCAUCUGCCUGUAACAAAAAACAUCACUGGAUCGAACAGUUUCUAGAUUCUUUUCUCCAGGAUCUAGUCAGUACAGUUUUUGUUCCUGUCAGAACUUGUGGAAUCUUUUUUAGAAUUGUUUUACCUUCCUGGAGUCCAGUGUUUGGUCGGAGUCUGUUACUUUCAGGGUUUUGUUUCUCUGAGUGUCAGCGUCGGUGCAGCUCGUUCGACUGAAUGCCCCAGGAUUACCGUCAGGCUGCAGCUCUUCAUCCGGCCUGCAGAGCGGCAGCAGAGAGCAGCAGCUGGCAGCUGGAGAGGCGGAGCAUCAGCAUGAGCGACUUCUGGCAUAAGAUGGGCUGCUGUGUGGUGGCUAAACCAACACCUAAGAAGAAGAGGAGGAAGAUUGAUCGCACGAUGAUCGGAGAGCCGACAAACUUCAUCCACCUCACACACAUCGGCUCUGGAGAGAUGGCAGAGGGUCUGCAGCCGUCAGGGUCGGUUCAGGAGCAGAUGAGGUCCAAAGGCCGGAACAUGAACGGCAGGGACAGCCUGUUAUAGCUGGUGAACACACACACACACACACACACACACACACACACACACACACACAUUGUUGUGUUGAGUGUGUGUGUGUCUAGUUUUUCAGGAGUGUGUGAAAUCGACUUCUCUCUCCGUCCUGUGUCCUUGAGCAAAGCACUUGACUGCCAGCUGCAGGGGGCGCUGUCAGAGAGAGAGAUUGAAACCUUCCAAGAUGAGGGGGUCCUUCAUCGUCCACACCUCAGGUCCAGGAAACCAGGACUACAUUGCCCAGAAUCCCUCUCUGCUAAAUAACAGACCCUCUGUAGUUUCCCUAAGAACAGAAAUACAUUUCCCAGCAUUCAUAGAGCUUUUGUCAACACUCAGUGAAGAUGGUCAUGUACUUUCUCUGGAGUUUUCUCAACCGACUUAAUGUCCCAGGAUGCUUCACUCCUCAGCUGACUUGUUCAGGAUUGUGACAUCACUGAACUUCAUCUCCCAGAAUCCCUCUCUGCUCAGCCCCCCUGCUGCUGCUGGAUGAUUUAGGAGGUGGGGAAGUCCUGAAAGUCUGCUGUACUGGAGCAGUUCUAUAUUUUUUUAGUAUUUUGGAGACUUUUUAAACGUUCUUCUGUUUUCAGUGAUUUGCUUUUUUCCUGAUGAAACAUCUGAAGAAGUGAGAUCACGUUCAGGUCGAUCAGUUCAAAGUGUCUUCACGACUUCUGUGAACUCAAAGAAACUUUUACGUGUGAAUAACAAGUUUAAUAUCUGGAAUGUUCUUCGGAUUUUAAAGACAUUUUAUUUAUUGUGUAAAUGUUCAGUUGUGUUUUCUAACGUUUCGACUCUGAUCACAAUGGUUCAGUGUUUCAAAUUAAAUAACCAAAUCAAGUUCAUUUAUUUCAUAUGUAAACACGACCGGUUUGUAAAAACUGUCAGGGGGGGGUGGGGGUGGGGGUUUCUGUGCUACCCUGGGUGGUUGCCAUGGAAACUGCUGAGUCAUGGUGUACCCCCUCACCGUGCAACCGGCACCUUCCUCUCUGAAGAGGCUAAACUGUGUUGCGUUCAUCGACUCUGUUAUGAGUUGAUUUUGUUGUUGUUGAUUUGAUUGACCUGUUUGUGUUGUUGUUCAGUCAGAAAGUUGUGUUGAUAUUUUUGUAUGAACAAAUCUUUUAUCGAUCAAAAGUUUUUCUGUGAGUGUUUGUGGUCGUUGAAACAAAUAAACAUUUUCAUCUUUA